AUGGAGGGGGAGUGGGUGUGGGUGGACUCCGACAUCGGGGUACCCAUCGGAGCUAGGGUCACAGUAACACCAUCUGGUCAGCGGUUACUAGUCGACGAUGAAGGAAAGCAGCGGAGUCUGGCCCAGGAGCAGGAGGCCUCGCUCAGGAUCAUGCACCCCACCUCCGUGGAGGGGGUGGAUGACAUGAUCAAGCUGGGAGACAUGACGGAGGCCGGCCUCCUCCGGAACCUGCUGAUGCGACACAAACGAGGCCUUAUCUAUACCUACACAGGCUCUGUGCUGGUGGCAGUGAACCCAUACAAGGAUUUCCCUUUUUAUUCAGGUGACCAGGUGGGGUUGUACCACGGCCGAAAGCUGGGUGAACUCCCUCCGCACAUCUUCGCCAUCGCUGAGUCAUGCUACUGUAACAUGAUGCGGCAUCUCAGGAACCAGUGCUGCAUCAUCAGUGGGGAAUCAGGUGCGGGGAAGACAGAGAGCACAAAGUUGAUCCUGCAGUAUUUGGCGGCGGUCAGCGGUGAGCUUUCUGAGCAGCAGAUCGAGCAGCAGAUCCUCGAGUCCAACCCCAUCCUCGAAGCGUUUGGAAAUGCAAAAACGAUCCGCAAUGACAACUCCAGUCGCUUUGGGAAAUAUUUGGAGAUCUUCUUCAGUAAGAACGGAGUGAUUGAAGGAGCUCGAGUGGAGCAGUAUCUCCUGGAGAAGUCCCGUGUCUGCCAUCAGGCCCUGGAGGAGAGAAACUACCACGUGUUUUACUAUAUGCUGGCAGGAGCCACGGCAGAGGAAAAGAAAACGUUGAACCUCGGUGAUGCUAAGGAGUACAAAUUCCUUUCCAAGGGCGGCUGUAUCCAGUGUGACAGCAGGGAUGAUGCUAAAGACUACCAGCGUAUUCUCUCCGCCAUGAAGAUCCUCACCUUCUCAGAACUCCAGUGUCAGGAAAUCCUCAAGCUGCUGGCAGCCAUGUUACACCUGGGAAACGUCUGCUUCCAGGCCAACACACAAAAUAACUUAGAAACCAGUGAUGUUAGCAAGUCCCAACACUUCAGCAUGGCUGCAUCACUCCUGGAGGUGAAGAGGUCUGCCCUGGCAAAGAGUUUGACCGAACGCUCCUUUAUGACCAACAGAGAGAGUGUGAUCAAACCCCUCAGCGCCGAUCAGGCGUCUGACUGUAGGGACGCCUUUGUGAAGGCAAUCUACAACAAGCUGUUCAUAUGGAUCGUUGAGAAAAUCAACAAUGUCAUCUAUAAGAAGUUGACCAAAAGCCCCAAAUCCUCCUUCCUGUCCAUCGGCCUGCUCGAUAUCUUUGGUUUUGAGAACUUCAAAACAAACAGCUUCGAGCAGCUGUGCAUAAACUUCGCCAACGAGAAGCUGCAGCAGUUCUUCGUGGGCCACAUCUUCAAGCUGGAGCAGAAGGAGUACCUGAAGGAGGACAUUGUUUGGAAUAGCAUCGAAUUCAGUGACAAUCAGAGCAUCCUGGACGUUCUGGCUAUGAAACCCUGUAACCUUCUGGCUCUGAUCGAUGAAGAAAGCCACUUUCCAAAGGGCUCUGACGCCACUAUGCUGAACAAGAUGAACCAACAACAUCGUAGGAACAAGAACUACCUCUCUUCCAGAAGUGAAUACGACACAGACUUUGGCGUUCGCCACUAUGCUGGCAUCGUAUACUACGACUCCAAAGGCUUCCUGGAAAAGAACAGAGAUGCGGUCAGUUCUGACAUGAUCAGCAUGGUGAAAAAGACCAAGAAUAUGCUGCUUCAACAGAUAUUUGAGGAAGAGCUUUCAACCAAUAAUGUAAAGAUCAGCAACAACAAGAAGAUCGUCAUGACGCCCAACAACUCUCUACGGGCCCAUACUGACAACCGUAAGCAAGUGGCGACGCUGAGCGCUCAGUUCCGUCAGUCUCUGGACUCCCUGAUGAAGGCUCUGUCCGCCUGCCAGCCUUCCUUUAUCCGCUGCUUCAAACCCAACAACGAAAAGCAGUCUGAGACAUUUGACAGAGAGCUGUGUAUGCGUCAGCUGAGAUACUCCGGCAUGUUGGACACCAUCCGCAUCCGGAAGCUGGGAUUCCCAAUUCGCCACACCUUUGAGGACUUCCUGAAGCGCUACAGGGUGCUGCUGAAGACGACCGUCUGUGACCCAAAAACUGAGACAGCUGCUGCCUGUUGUGAAGCCAUCUGCAAGACGGAGAUUCAAGGAGAGGACGAGUGGAAAAUAGGAAGGACCAAGAUCUUCCUGAGGGAUGCCCAUGAUGCCAUCCUGGAACGCCUCAGAGAAGAGAAACUCAGCAAAAUAGCUCUGGUGAUCCAGAGGGUCAUGAUGGGACACAAAGACAGAAAGUCUUUCCUGAGGAAGCGGAGGGCAGCUGUGGUUUUGCAGAAGAACUGGAGAGCUUACAGACAGGAGAAAUUGCGAAGAAAGCUCCAGCACGGCUUUGAUCGUCUAAAGUCGAAGAUCCGCAGUCGGAAGAUGCAGCAACAGUUCCAAAGACAGCGCGAAGCAGCACUCACCAUACAGAACCAGGUUCGAGGCUACCGGGCUAAGAAGGUCUAUAAGCAGAAGAGAGAGGCCAUCAUUCUGCUGCAGGCUUACACGAGAGGAACCAUGGCCAGAAGAGAAACUUCAAAGCUGAGGGACAAUGCCUCCAUUUUACGUCAGCAGAAGGAGGCCCAACAGCGAAUUGCUGUGGAGCUUCAGCAGCGACUGAACGUUAUCGCCAAGUCGCAGCCAGCAGUUCGGGAGCCUGAGCCAAUCGUAGAGCAGGAUUCAGAGGAGGAAUCUAUUGACCUCAUGCCCCCGCCUCCUGUGAAAAAGGUAUCAGAGGUAAAGAAAGCAGCAGAUCAAAUUGAGAAGAAGGAGAGGAGGGCCGUGCUAGAGUCUUUGGAGGAACCCUCUAUAAUCAUCACUCCAUCCUCCAUCUCAACAACCCCCACCCCGUCUCUUGCAGAGGAAGAAGACGAUGAUUUUGAUGACGCCAGUGAGGAGUUUUCCUUCUACAAGUUUAGCAUCCUUAACUUCCAGAGCAACCACAGUCACACACACCUCAACCAGAGACUCAAGCAGCCUCUUCUGCCCCACGACGACGAGGCCGAUGUGCUGGCUUGUCUGACUGUAUGGUGGAUUAUACUGCGCUACAUGGAGGACAUACCUGAACCAAAGUCUGCGGAUGCUUUUUCUCAAGCGUCUAGCACCAUCAGCUCACGUGUGCUGCCUCACAAGCAGGGCAGGAGGCUGAGCAGCCUGGUUGGACUGGACCAGAUAAUACUGAGGAAGAACAAGAAAAAGCUUGGUGGUGGAAACAGAAAAGCUUCUGUUAUUAUUGAGGAGCCAGAAGACACUGAGGACGAGGACAUUUUGAUCGGAGAGGGUCCGACACUGGACCGGCCACUAACAUCCAUGGAAAAACUCAACAUUAUCAUCGGAUACGCUCUAUCGAGAAGAGACAUCAGGGAUGAGAUUUACUGCCAGAUCUGUAAGCAGCUGGUGAACAACAGGAACAGGAAGAGCCGUAUGCAUGGCUGGACCCUUCUUUCCAUCUGCCUUGGUAUCUUCCCCCCAUCAGAGCUCUUCAUAAAGUAUUUGGAGAGUUUCAUCCUCAGAGGGCCAAAUGACUACAAAGAAUACUGUGCUAAGCGCCUGCAGCGUAUCAUAGCCAACGGAGAAAGAAAAGAGUUGCCCUGUGUGAUAGAGCAACAGUCUGCGAAGUCCAAGGAGCCCAUUGAGGUGUCUGUGACUCUGCUGGACGACAGCACCGUCAGUCUUCAGCUGGACUCCAUCUCCACGUCUGCAGAGGUCUGUCAAGCUGUGGCCAACAAGAUUGAUCUCCGGGACACAUACGGAUUCUCCCUGUACAUCACUCUCUUUGAAAAGAUGUGGUCUCUGGGCAGCUGUGGGAAUCACGUGUUUGACGCAGUUUCCCAGUGCGAGCAGGAGAUGAGGAGGCAGGGCAAGCCGGAGAAGGACGCUCUCUGGAUGCUGUCCAUCCGGAAGGAACUGUUCACACCCUGGCAUGACUGCUCAGAAGACCCGGUCAGCUCGGAUCUGAUCUACAGACAAGUUAUCAAGGGCAUCAAGAUAGGAGAUUACAUGAGUGAUAAGGACGAUGAAUACAUCCAGAUGGCCGCACAGCACUAUUACAUCAAGUUUGGCUCUGCAUACAGCAGAGAAAAUGUCCAAGAGGUGGUUGGGGAAUGCAUCACAACCACACUCAUUGAGAGCAAAUCUAUGUCAAAGUGGAUCCAACUCAUCAGUGCAGUCAUCCUGCAGGGUCCUUAUGCCAAGGGGAAGCUGAAAACAGACAUCGUAAAAGGAGAUCUGGUCAAGAACGCCCAACGUGCAUGGCCCCUGCACUUCUCCAAGUUCUUUGAAGUUAUAAUGAUGUCAGGGCCUCCUUUGCCUAAAAGCAGGUUUGUUGUGGCUGUAAACUGGAGCGGCAUCUUCUUCAUGGACGGAAGAGACAAAAGACUCCUUGAGCUUCCUUACCUCGAGGUAAAGGAAGUGCACGUUAUCAGUGAAAGCCAUUUAAAUACUCGGUCAGUGAGUUUGGCCACAAUCAGAGGAGAGUUCGUCCUGAAGUCUGGGGAAUGCGCAGAAAUGGCCGCACUCAUCGAGAAACACCUGGUGGGGCUGAAGCAGCGCUCUGUGUAUGCCCUGGUUAGGCAGGAUGUUAACAAACCAGAUGACCCCAUGUUCCUGGUUUGUAAACGAGGAGACCUGCUGCUGGCAGAGAAAGACGAAAAAGAUUCACCCGAAAGGAACUGGUUCAAAGCGACUAACCAGCGGACGGACGCCAGCGGAGCGGUCUACAGGGACAGAGUGAUGUUCCUGCCCACUCUAGACAAGCCCACUGACGAAAUGCUGGAACUUCUCACUCCAGGCCAGAAUAAGACGGCAGCAAAAAACGCCCCUGAGAGGGAAGUGACCUUGGCUCCUGUUUCCUUAAAAGAGUUUGCGAUCGACAACUUCAGGCCUGCGGUGCGGCUGGGUGCGUCUAAAGCGGCCGUCAGGGAGAAGCUGUGGGCUUGUUCCAGGGAGCCCCUCAAACAGCCACUGAUGAAGCACCUGGUGGGGGACUCUGACCUCAGCAGCCUGGCCUGCAACGCCUACACUGCUAUCCUGAAGUACAUGGGCGACUACCCCAUCAAACAUGCCCGCAGCCCCAUGGAGCUGACGGACCAGAUCUUCGGUCCAGCCACGCAGUACGAGGCUCUGCAGGACGAGAUCUACUGCCAGAUCAUGAGACAGAUGACCAACAACAACAACAGGCUGAGUAUGGAGCGUGGGUGGCAGCUCAUGUGGCUGUGUUCAGGCCUGUUCGUGCCCAAUAGGAAUUUAUUGGGAUACACUAGGCGCUUCCUGGAGUCGCGGUGCAGAGAACAGCUGGCUCCGGACUGCCUGCAGAGGCUGAACGGGAUGUGCAGUAAGGAGCCCAGGAACCUUCCUCCCCAUCAUAUAGAAGUGGAAGCCAUCCAACAGAACAGCACCCAGAUCUUCCAUAAAAUCCACUUCCCAAAUGAAACCAGUGAUAUCUUUGAGGUGCGGUCGACGACAACAAUUGAAGACCUGUGCCGUAGCAUCACCUAUCAGCUCAAACUGACCUCAGUCGACGGAUACGGCCUGAGCCUGAAGACUACAAACAAGAUGGUCAACCUGCAGGACCAGAAAUACUUAUUUGACAGCUUAAGGCAGACUGCAGAGCCUUCUAAGAAAGGAAAAAGAGUGAAAGAAGUAAACCAAGCCAACAUGCCCUACCUGGUGAUCUUCAAGAGGAAGCUGUGGUUCAACGUGAGCCCGGGGAAAGACCUGGUGGCAGACCUCAUGUUCCAUUACCCACAGGAGCUGCCGAGGUACCUGCGUGGAUACCACAACUGCACCAAAGAGAACAUGACUAACAUCGGCGGCCUGCUCUUCAGAGCCGAAGUGGAUUCAGACCGGUCGCAGUUUGUCAUGAUCCCCAGAAUGCUGAGGGAGCUGGUUCCUGCGGACCAGAUCGAUCUCAUGUCUCCUGAGGAAUGGAAAAAGCACAUAAUCCAGGCCUACAGCAAGCAGAGCGGCAUCACGGUGCAGGAGGCUAAGAUCGAGUUUCUGAAAGCCAUUUGCAGCUGGCCAACAUUCGGCUGUGCCUUCUUCGAAGUGAAACAAACAUGUGAAUCAAGCUACCCAAAUAUAGUUUUGAUCGCCAUCAGCAAGCUUGGUAUCAGCUUAAUAGACCCACAAACGAAGGAGGUGCUGGUCAUGCAUCCGUUCAGCCGCAUCAAAGAGUACCAAAGUGAGGGGAACUACUUUGAGAUGUCCAUCGGCACGCUGUUGAGGGCCGUCGUCUUCGUCUGUGAAACCACACAGGCCAACACAAUGGAGGACCUUCUCAGAUCGUACGUCACCAUGUAUGAGAGGCAGAGGACGGCCUUACGACCCAAACACAACAUUUUCUCUUGAGGGCAAAAGAAAAGCCUCAUGUGCAUUCUUGAUCAAUACAAUUAAAUACAACCAGAAAUAGGGUUCAUGUUCAUUUACUGGUAUUGACCUGUGAUGCCUACAUUUAGUCAUUUAUCCUAAGACAUUGCACAGUGAUUUAUUAAUAAAGUUUGCAGUUACAGAGAAGCAAAGCAAAAAACUGUUUCGUGCUCCUCCAGUUUGCCAGUAGAUUAAGCCCUUGUUUUGCCAUAAUUUGACAUGUAAUGGUACUGAAUUACCUCUGACUUCACUAAUACUGGUUUGUAAUAAAGUUUAAUCACUUUCAUGAUAAUUUUUUUUUUCAUGGCAUAGGAUAAUAAAUAUACAAAAAAAGAGAGGAAUUUUUCUGUAACUAAUCCCACAGUGCAUUUUCCCUCUAGCUUGGUGAACUUGUAAUAAAUACUUUACACUCAAUUCAAACUAUGUUAGCUAUUUAAGUUAAAUUAUGUUAUUGUUAGGAUGGCAUGGUAGUUUUGUGUUUCGCACUUUCUCCUCACAAUGUUGAGGUCCUACUCUUUCUUAGAAAAAAGGUGCAGGUUUUACUUAGAUUGAAAGGGGCACCGCUGCAUGUGCCUUAAAAUAAACGAUGCAACAUAUUUAAAAUAUUUAAAAUAGAAAGUUGUUGUCUUGGCUUAUUGUUUUCAGGUGCUUCCUGGGCAUUAACCCUGAGAAGGCCUCGAAAGCCAAGAAGAAGCGUGGCGUUAUAAACCCCCAUGUCAGCACAUUCUUUAGAAAACUCCUUGACUUCGAGUGGAUGUCUAUGUAGACAUGUCCAGGAUUAAUGUAAGACACUCAGUCAGUAGAAAGUUUCAUGUGAAAUGUACUUUGAAUAAAAAGUUUA